ACGGCGACGGUGUUGACGUUGUUGUCGGUGUUGACGGCGGCGGUGGUGGCGGCGCGCGCGGUGGCGGGAGUCCCGACAAACGCCGACUGGAGAGUGGAUAGAUAGCGGUGCUGGCGUAGAGAGAGGCAGAGGCUGCGUGCGGCAGCGAGAGGAGCAGCAGCGGGAGCGGGAGCAGCGCUCGUAGAUCGAUGUGUGUCCGGUAAUACGCCCGCGACGGCGUGUCCGCAAUGGCCGACGAGGCAGCUACGGUCCCACAGCCGCAGAAGCGACAAUUGAGAGAAAGAACGAGAAAAUUUUAUACCGAUGAUUGGACAUUUGGAGAUGAAGAUUUUGAAGGCCGAAGAGGCUUUCAAUUGGAAGAAAAGAUUGAAAGUGAAAAAUAUAAUCUUAAGAAUUUCAAUGGAUUUUUUCGUGAAAUGAAUGGUGCCGAACUCAAUAUAGCAUACUUACAGAAGCAUGGACUUGGUAUGCCUCUUUUAAUUAAAGAGAAAACUGGACUUGGCUUGAGAGUACCCAGUACAAAUUUCUCCGUGAAUGAUGUUAGAACAUGCGUUGGUUCCAAGAGGAUUCUCGAUGUUAUGGACGUUAAUACUCAGAAAAAUGAGGACAUGACAAUGAAAGAGUGGCAAAAAUAUUACGAGGAUCAAAACAAAGAUCGACUAUUAAAUGUAAUCUCACUAGAAUUCAGUCACACAAAAUUAGAACAUUAUGUACAGUCACCAACGCUCGUUAGGCAAAUAGAUUGGGUGGACGUAGUAUGGCCAAAACAUUUAAAAGAAAGUCAAGUCGAAGCGACUAAUUUACUCGAAGAUAUGAUGUAUCCAAAAGUGCAAAAAUAUUGUCUUAUGUCGGUAAAAGGAUGCUAUACUGAUUUUCACGUUGAUUUUGGUGGUACGAGCGUUUGGUACCACAUUCUCAAAGGUGGAAAAAUCUUUUGGCUUAUUCCUCCGUCUGACAAAAAUUUGUCAUUAUAUCAAGAGUGGGUUUUAAGUGGUAAACAAUCUGAUGUAUUCUUCGGGGAUAUGGUAGAUCGUUGUGGUAGGAUAUCAUUGCAUGCUGGAAUGACCCUAUUUAUCCCUACCGGCUGGAUACAUGCAGUUUAUACACCCCAGGAUUCACUUGUCUUUGGUGGUAAUUUUUUGCAUAGUUUUGGAAUUGACAAGCAACUAAGAGUAGCUCAAGUAGAAGAACAAACAAAAGUACCUCAUAAAUUUCGGUAUCCAUUUUUCACCGAAAUGCUUUGGUACGUUCUUGAGAGAUACGUACACGUUCUUUUGGGUCGCAGUCAUUUGGACAUUACUGAAAUACAGAGUCAACAUGUCGUUCCUCAAAAUUUGAAACACAUUCAUCUGACUCCGCUUGAACUUCACGGACUAAAAUCUAUUGUCAUGUAUUUACAUUCUCUUCCGUCGACAAAGAAAAAUGUACCAGAAUUAAUUAGGGAUCCAGUAGCGUUAAUUCAUGAUGUGCGUUGCCUCGUCGAGCAGCACAGGCACGAUAAACCUGACUUGGCCAUAACUGGAAAUCCAGUUCUACCUGCACCUCCAGCAUUGACGCUUGCUGAAAGGGAGAAGCUGGGCAUAGUGAGAAAGAAAAUCGUUCGACCGCCGUUGCACGAGAAAUCCGACGUGAAGUCUGCAUUUCCACGUAGGCGAAGGACUCGAUGUAAAAAAUGUGAAGCUUGCACGCGGACGGAUUGUGGAGAAUGUGCUUAUUGUCAUGAUAUGGUCAAGUUUGGUGGCUCAGGACGAGCCAAGCAAACGUGCAUGAUGCGACAAUGCCUAAGACCAAUGCUUCCAGUAACUGCUUCGUGUAAGUUCUGUAGCUUGGAUGGCUGGGGACAACCACCGGCACCUUUAAUGGGAAAGCAGCCAUCGGUGGUAGCCUCUACUUUAAUGGAGUGUUCGAUAUGUUAUGAUAUCGUACAUCCGUUGUGUACCGGACGCAAUGUCCAAGGCAUUGUGGUGAGUGAUGAUUUGCCAAACAGUUGGGAGUGUCCCGAGUGCUGUGAAAGUGGAAGAAAUUUAGACGUUAAACCAAGGCUACCCAAAGCAAGAUUGAGAAAAAUCUCAUUGACAAAUGUCGCAUCGGCGGUUCAUGCUGAUGAUUCUGAAAAAGCUAUGACGCCAAGUAAAAAACUUAAACCCGAAAUAAGUGAGAGAUGGAAUGAUCAAGAGGUUGCAGAAGGCCAUCAAAAAUCAAUUUCCCAAAAUCAAUUUGGAGCUCAAGUAGCUAAUAAAACUACUAAUAAUACAAAAAGACAAUUCAUGGUUAUGCGUCCUGUUCAAGCUGCACCCAUUCAUCGAUCAAAUGAUUCUCACGAACAGCCAUACGUUUAUAAUAAAACGGCUAUUCUGUCCGUAUUCAAAUACUUAUCUCCAAAGGAACUGGCGACUUGCGCCUGUGUAUGUAGGAUUUGGGCUCGAUACAGCCUUGAUCCAAAUUUAUGGCGAACAAUCGAUUUGUCCCAUAGUAUUCUAUCAGCUUCUCAUUUGUCGGGAAUUAUUCAACGACAGCCAGAAAGUCUCAUAUUAGAUUGGACUAAUAUAGUUAAAAGGCAGUUGGCUUGGCUUCUCAAUCGGUUACCUCAACUUCGAAAUUUAUCGCUUAAAGGAUGCAAUUGGGCUGGAGUUUGCGCUUUGAAUACAUACUCUUGUCCAGCGUUAGUGACACUCGAUUUAAGUUUUGUCACAGGAUUAAACGAUCUGAGUCUUAGAGAGAUACUCAGUCCUCCAAAUGACUCUCAACCAGGGUUGAUUGAUAAAACGUCGAGACUAAAAUACUUGCGAAAGUUGUCCCUCAGUGGUUGCGACAUAUCGGACGUGGCGCUUCGGUACAUUGCCCAGCACCUCCCUUACAUCGAAACCCUCAACUUAUCCUCGUGCACGAGGAUAACUGACGCAGGCGUGGCGCAACUGACGUCGCCUCCCGCAGUCACCAUCACCAGUCUCAUUUCCUUGAAUUUGGCCGGCUGUCGACUUUUAACGGAGCUCAGUCUUGACCAUUUGCUCAAAUGUCAGGCCUUGAAGCAUUUGGAUUUGAGAAAUACGUCAAAAAUGUCAGAACAAAAGAUUGUUAGCUUCAAGGCCGGAAGCAGCGUUAACUCCUUUGUAAUGGACGGAAGGCCUCGCGAGGCUGAAAGUAGAUCCGAGAUGACGUGAGACGCGAAUACCGAAGGAAGAUGACAGGAUCCCUUACGAGAAAGCAGCCGCUCUCAGUAGAUGUGUGCUUGCUGUCAAUGAAACUAAAUCAAUGAGAAUCAAUACUGUGCAAAUACAUACGAGGAUAUUUAUUGAGGAUUUGAGAAUGACGUUCGUAGGGAUUUCACUGCACGAGUGGCACUGUGCAGAUGGUUUACUCGGAUUGGAAAGUUUUUUUAAGGCAGUCUGAUGAAACUCGUGUAGCACGCAGCGAAAAAUCUUAUUGCAAUAUAUUUGUUUUUGUAGAUGGAAAUGAUGAAACAAGUUUUGUUUUGAUGUGAUUGGCAACUUAGAUUUUAAAAUCAUUUUUAAAGCUGAGUUACGUGUACUAAUAGUUCCUAAUAAUAAUAUAAAACAAUUAUUUCACGGUAAUAAAAUUAUAAUUUUUCAACCGAGAUUCAUUGCAAAAAUUUUAGAGUUUGACUUUGAGGCGUCAUCUUUUACAUAUUCGAAUAAAUUUAAAUAUUCUUGAUCAUUUCAGUGAAAUAAAUCGUUAAUUUCAAUAUUUUUUUACAAAAUCACGAGUGCACAAAAAAUUAUUUAUUUGA